UGGAGGUCUAACAACAUGUAACUAGGUUAAACAAUUUACAUACGUACCUACCUAGGUUAGGUAUCUCAUAUUUUUAGUGGCUAGGCAACAUGAGUUAUUCGAUCUUAAUACCGUCGAUAUCUCACUAAAAGUAAGUUAUGGUCCAGAUGAAUCUCAAGUUUGAGAUGAGAUCUCAUUUGAAGUAUAAGUUCAUAAUCUUUUGUUCCAAAAUGAAAUACAUACGGAAUAGUUGCUUAGGUAAUCAUAUAUAACAACUCUAUGACAAGGUCUGUGAUAAGGUCAAGCUACCGUCAAAAAGACUCAACUUCUAGGCAACUUCCUAAAAUGGAAUACGGCAAAUCUCAAGCCAGCUUCCACCAGUCACAGUCCCUGUCAGUUACAGCGUCGAAGAAUCCCCGCCCGAUACGGUAAAGAGAAUACGAGGAAAUGAUGCCCGUCUACUACGUCGGUGAAUUACUAGGGUCUACGUUAUUCAAUGUAGACUUAAGCAGGUUCAAUUCCUUCCCGCCAAGAUCAUAAUUCUAUCGCAUGCAUUGAGCUGCAUUGAGCUGCAUUGUGCUACUCUACUACGAUCGCAAUGUUAGAAAGAUCGCGGCCUGCGAAUGGCCACCGAUGGAUGCUACUGUUUACCAGUGCUGUGAGUUGGUUAAUGAACGUAGUGUACGGCCAAACUCCACCCGCCGCAUAUUUACAGACACCAUCCAACCAGCAGCUUGAAUGGCAUCGGCUUGAAUACUACGCAUUCGUCCACUUCGGACCCAAUACGUUUACAGACGAGGAAUGGGGACGAAGUCAGAGCACUCCUGAUGUCUUCAACCCGACAGCUCUGGACACGGAUCAGUGGGCCAAGUCCUUUGCGGACGCCGGUAUGGCGGGAAUGAUCCUAACAGCAAAACACCAUGAUGGCAUGGCGUUAUGGGAUACAAAUACGACAACAUAUAAGAUCGGCAACGGACAAUGGGCAAAAGAUCGCGUUGAGAAAGGUCUUAACGCGGACGUCGUGCAGUUAGCAGCUGCCUCUGCGAAUAAAUACGGUAUUAAGUUCGGUAUUUAUCUGUCACCGUGGGACAUACACCGUGAUCCGGCCAUGCCGAAGCCCAACCUAAAUGGUACCUUGUAUGACGAGCCGCAGAUCUUCGGCGAUGAUACCCCUGGCGAUUAUAAUGAGCUUUAUUCUCAGCAACUAACGGAAUUGGUCACGAUGCGGCUGAGUGACGGCUCGCCUAUUCAGGUAUCAGAGUUAUGGCUCGAUGGGAACAGUGGCUCCGACACUGUGCAAACGUUCAACUGGACAGGUUUCCGCAACAUAAUUCGCGAGCAUCAGCCAGGCGCAAUAAUGUGGGGUCACCAGGGCGUGGACGCUCGAUGGGUUGGUAAUGAGGAUGGAGUGACGGUAGAGACGAAUUGGCACACGAUUAGUAGAACUCAGGAUGAACCGCACUAUUCAGGCGACGAGCUACAAACUGGUGUGCGAGAUGGUACCUAUUGGACCCCAGCAGAAGCAGACGCCCGCAUACGAGACGGCUGGUUCUACCAUUCUAAUGAGACACCAAAGACAGCCGAUGCCCUGAUGAGCAUGUACCUGCAGUCGGUAGCUCGAAGUGUAAACCUCCUGCUUGAUGUCCCACCCGAUACGACGGGACAGCUUCCCAAGGGUGACGUAGAUAUACUACUGCAAUUCAAAGCCCAGCGUGACGCAUUUCUCAACCGCGAGCUGCUUACGCCGGGGCUUGCGGUAAACGCAAGCAGCAUCCGCGAUGGUAACGCUAUACUCUACGGACCAGCCAACGUGCUCGACGGCAACGACGAUACGUAUUGGGCACUUAACGACGAAGAGGAAACGGGAUGGCUGGAAGUCGAUUUAGGUGGGACCUACGCUGUAGACGCUUUCAUUACACAGGAGCAUAUUGCCCUGGGCCAGAGGAUCGGUGGGUAUACGAUCGAGGCUGUUGUAAACGGAACUUAUGAGACUCUUGUGACGGGCACGUCGCUGGGAUAUAAGCGUAUCGAUAGGUUGGACGCAGCUGUUGAGACGAGCAAGAUACGUCUUAAUGUCACACAGGCAAAUGCUACGCCGUUGGUUAAUAGCUUCCAGGUGCUUGGUACGCAAAAGGGCUCUUCAUAAUCAUCACAAAUGAUUGGAUAUAGCUACCAAAGCGCCCGAUCACCUAUUGAAUCCCUUAAUCCUACUUAGAGUUCUUAUGAAUCAAGAUUUACACGGUCCGAAAACAUGUAAGAUUCAUUUUUCAUGAGCUGAGUGAUCAGUCAAGAAUGAACAUUUAUCUCCAUCAUAAGAUAUCCAGAGGAUUUCAAGUUGGGGACAUAGUAAGACUACAUAAUCAACGAUCGCUACGAAUGCUGAUACUCGAAUAGUGUGUGUAGCAUUUAGACCUUACAUGAUAUGAUACGUGGAGUCUUUGAAACAAUAUAGGUAACCAUAGAGGAUUUUACUGCUGGAGGACUAUUUUAUGCGUCGACGUUAGGUAUUCGAUGGUGAUCAGUGAUUUAACGUAGUAUCUAAGGACCGUGUAACACGACAAUGGAGCCCUGCUGAGGAGUAAGUGCUCUCGCAUCUGAUAAACACGCAAUUCUCUCUAAAAUUAAACUAUGCUUUGGGUUUUUGAUCAUGAUCGUGGAACCCCUAAGACACCCUUAGAGUUGGCUGGUAGUUGUGAGUUAGCUUAGUUACCUACCUAUAUAAAGCAAGA